UCAAACAGGGUAUCACUCUCUAGCUUGCCGCUGUAAUCUCAUUACCUCCUUUAUCCGUUUGUAGAUUUAUGUUAGGCUUAAUUUGUGUUGGCAGUAUUGAAUGGGUUUUAGCCACAUCCUCAGUAGCUAACGGUAAUCAACUUGCCGAUGAUAGCUGUGCCAGCAACGCGUGGCGGCUUUCGUCAUCGUCUGCCGUCCCGCUCCUCUCCCAUUGUCAAGUUACCGCUACAGAACGUAUUAACAAAGAUCUUUGAUUCACCUCGUGUUAUGUUAUCCUAUUUUGAAACCAGCCAAUUCUGAUAAAAGUUUCGCUUUCAAUAUAGCUUUUGUUCCAAAUACGUAUUUAAAUGUUUUUAAGACGUUCUGGUGGUGAACUUGGUCAUUCCCUGGCAUACGAUCGUCUUAUCUGUGGGUCGAAUUAGCAAUAUUUGCCCAAAAUGACUACUUUAUGUUGCCAUGGAAAUAACUCAUUCAAACGGUUUGAGUGUAGGACAGGAAAUUUGGGCUAUUAGCCUCAGUGUAAGAACAGUUAUUACGUCAGGUACGACAGUUUGGUGUAAUUCCUUUGCCUCAGGCAUACCGUUGUUUUGAAACCGUAUGCUUCUGUUAUUUAUUCAGACCCGGAAGGGAGUUUGCUAUAUUUGCUGUCAAGCACGGGGAUGUUAUUUAUUUUUAACCGUUUUCCGCUGGUUCUGUCACUUGGGAGUUAUUUACUAUGAAGAGUGCAACACUGAGUCCCGUCAUUUGUAACUCCUUCAUCUCCCCUGCGCUGUGAGGUUGUUCGCGAGCUGAGCUUGACCUAAAGUGACCUUUCACGGAACACAGUGUGGGGUGAGGCUCAAGGGUAUUGUCAUUGGUUUUCCACAGCUCGAUCCCCCUCAGCAUAGCUCAUAGUGUGGUCAGCGGGCAGUGGUCAGCCUAGUCAGAGGGGCCAUGUCUCAUCACUGCUUCAUGCCUCCAUGACCUCUCAGAUAACCCACUCUUUAUUGCUGAAAGGCUGACGUGUGUUUGGACGCUACAAGGGAGGGUCCUCAAACUAUUGAAACACACCCUUCUAGGAGGUCUCACAUAUAACUGAGCUUUGAAAGCUGACAGACAUACAGAGGCUGUUCUAUGCAGAGUGAAAAGGAGGACCAGCGGACCAAAUAAAACCAGUGUGACCACUACUGCUGCUCGCUUCCCUUCCCUACAUACUCUACCAGAGAUUAGCAUGGGUCUCCAGGCAGACUCAGCACUCCAAUCGAUCCUCCUCUUUCCAAUCCAUCUUCUGGUAUGGCUGUACUCCAUCCUGUCCUUCCUGCCGUGGUACUACAUCACCGGUGCCGGGCAAAGAAAAGCUUUGUCCAAGCGGAUAAAGGCCCUUUCCACUUCAGGCUGUGCUGAGGGGCCAUACCGCUCUGUGGAUCACUUCGACAGUCUGGCCAGGGAGGACUUCCCAGGCAAGGACACUCUGGAUAAGCUUUUCAAGCAUGCUGUGCAGCGCUUUGGACAAGCACAUUGUCUCGGGACCCGGGAUAUUCUGAGUGAAGAAAAUGAGAUUCAGCCCAGUGGAAAAGUAUUUAAAAAGCUGAUCCUGGGCGAGUAUAGAUGGCUGUCCUACAAUGAAUUGGAUGCUGUAGUCAGUGAGUUUGGCAGUGGAUUGGCAGCUCUCGGACAGCAGCCCAAAAGCACCAUUGCAAUCUUUUGUGAAACCAGAGCAGAAUGGAUGGUCACUGCCCAGGCAUGCUUCAGGCGCAAUUUCCCAUUGGUGACAUUCUAUGCCACGCUGGGAGAGGAUGCUAUUGCAUUUGGACUGAACGAGACUGGUGUUACACAUCUAGUUACCAGUGUGGAACUGCUUGAGACUAAACUGAAAAAUGUGCUUCCACAGAUCCCAAAACUGAAGCAUGUGAUCUACUUGGACCCGAAGAAAUCGAGCACGGAAGGCUACCCAGCGGGACUCUCUAUCCACAGCAUGCAGGCUGUACGAGAGCUGGGCAAGCUGCCUGAAAAUAUGGGGAGGGCAAUUGUGAAGCCCAAGCCCUCUGAUUUGGCUGUGGUGAUGUACACCAGUGGCUCCACAGGCAGACCCAAAGGAGUCAUGAUUGUCCACAGCAACCUGAUUGCAGGAAUGACAGGACAGUGUGAACGCAUCCCUGGACUUGGGCCUAAUGAUACCUAUAUAGCCUAUCUGCCCCUGGCUCAUGUUCUGGAAAUGACAGCUGAAAUCUCCUGUGUCACAUAUGGCUGUCGGAUAGGCUAUUCAUCCCCCCAGACACUGUCAGACCAGUCCACUAAGAUAAAGAAAGGAAGUAAAGGAGACUGCUCAGUGCUCAGACCCACCCUGAUGGCAGCUGUGCCAGAAAUUAUGGAUCGCAUCAACAAGAAUGUGAUGAGCAAAGUGCAGGAAAUGAAUUUCAUUCAGAAGACACUAUUUACACUGGGCUACAAAUAUAAACUAGAGCAGAUCAAGAGGGGCUAUGAUGCACCACUCUGCAAUACGCUAUUAUUCCGGAAAGUCAAGAGACUGCUGGGAGGACAAGUGAGGAUGAUGUUGUCAGGAGGAGCCCCCCUGUCCCCAGCCACUCAAAGAUUUAUGAAUGUGUGUUUCUGUUGUCCAGUGGGCCAGGGCUAUGGCCUCACUGAAACCUGUGGAGCUGGCACCAUUACAGAGGUUGCGGACAUAAGUACUGGUCGUGUUGGAGCUCCUCUUAUUUGCUGCGAGGUCGGGCUCAGAGACUGGGCUGAAGGUGGCUACACCGGCAAAGACAAGCCGAACCCAAGAGGGGAGGUCCUGAUUGGUGGUCCCAAUGUAACCAUGGGUUACUAUAGGAAUGAAAGCAACGAUCAGGACUUUUUUGAGGAUGACAAAGGGCAGAGAUGGUUCUGCACUGGUGAUGUAGGAGAGAUUUACCCAGAUGGCUGUCUACAAAUAGUGGACCGCAAGAAAGACUUGGUCAAACUGCAGGCCGGAGAGUAUGUGUCUCUCGGUAAAGUCGAAUCCGCGCUGAAAAACUGCUCUCUCGUAGACAACAUCUGUGCUUACGCAAACAGUGACCAGAACUAUGUGAUCAGCUUUGUGGUGCCCAACCAGAAAAAGCUGACAGAACUGGCCAAACAGAGAGGCAUAGUGGGAACAUGGGAAGAGAUCUGCACUCACCCCGACAUGGAAAGAGAAGUUCUGAAGGAGAUCAAGGUCGUCGCUGCUAACAUUAAACUCCAAGGAUUUGAGAUUCCAGUGAAAGUGCAUCUGAGUCCUGAGCCGUGGACCCCGGAGACUGGUCUUGUCACAGAUGCGUUCAAGCUGAAGAGGAAGGAGCUGAAGAACCACUAUCUCCACCACAUAGAGAGAAUGUACGGGGGCAAAUAACUUCGACAGUUUCACCCAAGAGUCCCGGUUUUCACCAUUGCCACUGUUUUCAUCUAUAAAUAAUUUUCCUGGUACUUAUUUUGGUUUGUCAUGCUGUUUGUGUACCACAGACGUCCAAAUGAAAAUGUCUUUGAACAGAAAGUGAAGCUGUAGAUAGUUGUAACUGUUGAUCCAUGUGUGCUGCUUUUUGUUGUUGUGUGUUGAAGUUUUGAUUGUCAAAGAGAUGCACUGAAGUGGCAACUCUUAUUCCGUAAGAAGGGUUUGAGGCCAUUAUUGAACUCAACUGCCAUCCAUUCAAAUCCGCUGGCACUCAGUUUGUAGCUGAUUUAAAAAAAAAAAAAAAAAGUACCACACUCCUCCAUAUAUCUGAUGCUUUGUUGUUACUUCAGUUGAAAAUAUUAACAACUGUAAUCAUCGCAGAUGCUUAUAAAGCUCUUUUGUAAAGUUGGAGUACUGAUGUUACUGUGCCUUCAGUCUGCAGCACUUGUGUAGUAAAGCGGAAGUAAGUGGCAUCUAUAUAAAAACAAAUAGUUUGUGCAUUUGUUACAAAAAUGGCUAAACUGCCAUGUUAAUGUUUACUUGAGGCUUUAGGAAAAAUAUCCCCACCCAGACAUACACUGACAUGGAUCAUAGAGAAAAAGUUACUAAUGAUCAUGUCUGCAUAUCCGUUUUUUUUUUUUUUUUAAAAACCAGUGUUUUAUUUAUUAAUUUUUUGUUGUGUCAGUUUUUCCAGAAAGACCAAAAUGUGUAAACACAAAUGACUCAGGAAGAUAAGCAAAUGUUUUAAUAUAUGAAAUUGUCCAAUGGGUUGCUUGUAUAGAAAGCACUUCUGUCUUGUUGGCACCCUAUUUAUUAAAGCGCAAGCAUGCUUAACUACUACUUACUAACAUGCUUUUAAGUAUUAGCUAUAGUCAGAAAUGGUAUACUGUAAUACUGUGCGUAUUUUACCUCAGUUAACAGGUUAAUGUACAAUUUGGUAUCAAGUUUAUCUGAAGUUAAGUAUGUUCAUUUUACGAUUAUAGGAGUGUUUUCUAUGUAUUUUUCAAAGUGUUGUGUUGACGAAUUUGGACGCAGACAUAGACAGUCACUUUACAGUUGGUUGUUCGGUGAUCCUGUUUGUAUUAUAUUGCUCCGUCAUUAUGAUCACAUGCCGUCUUCAACAUUUCAAAAAUAAACAUCUUUUUAUAA